AGUUAUGUGGGUGUCACAGCUAAGGGAAGUGAGAAGUAUCCAAUGGCUUGCUGUGUAAGGGCGGGGACAGUGAGAACGGUCUUCUAAGAUCGACAGUCACAUUGCUGCGAACUGUAAAGGUUCAUUCUGGCACUCCGUCGAGUGAGAACGUUCUAGAGAUACCCUAUUUUUGAGGGCGUCUCAAAUUUCCUUAAAGGAUUUAAAGAUCUGACUCCGUACUCUUGGCACCGUUGCUGUGCCGUCCUGCUUCCCUUCCAGUACGACUCAACCAGCACUAAACACAAACACUUCACUGUGUCUCAGGGCGACCAGCGUUGUGUUUAUGUCUUUAUUUUGCGAAAACGGUGAGUAUCGGAACGACAGGAGCGGCGAAUGGGAAAGAGCUGUUGCGCAGCUGUUGGAACCUGUGUGGGGGAAACUUAGCCUACAAGCAAGGAGCUUGCAGCCUCAGUGGCAAAAUCUUUUUCAUGUCAGAGACCGAGUACGCUUGCAGUCGUUUAUGUCAUCCACUCUUCUCCAGACAGAAGAUACCAAAAAAUUGCAAUCCAAGAUCUUUUUAUCUUACUGAUAAAGCUAAUAACAAGCCAAAAUGUCUGUCAACGUCAACCGCAGCGUGUCAGACCAGUUCUAUCGCUACAAGAUGCCCCGUCUGAUUGCGAAGGUGGAAGGGAAGGGAAAUGGAAUUAAGACUGUAAUAGUCAACAUGGUUGACGUUGCAAAGGCAUUAAAUAGGCCUCCAACGUAUCCCACCAAGUUUUUUGGUUGCGAGCUGGGUGCCCAGACCCAGUUUGAUGCCAAGAAUGACCGCUACAUUGUCAACGGAUCUCACGAGGCAAACAAGCUGCAGGACAUGCUGGAUGGUUUCAUCAGAAAAUUUGUGCUGUGUCCUGAGUGUGACAAUCCAGAAACUGACCUGCAUGUCAAUCCCAAGAAACAAACCAUCGGAAACUCCUGUAAAGCCUGUGGGUACAGAGGCAUGCUUGACACGCGACACAAGCUCUGUACGUUUAUUCUUAAAAAUCCACCAGAAAAUGAUAGUGGGUCUGUCAAAAAAGAGAAGGAAAAGAAGAACCGAAAGAAAGAUAAAGAGAAUGGUUCCAGCAGUGGAGAAGCUGGGAAUCACAAUGACAUCGAUGCACCUGACGCUGUGGACCGAGACGACGACGAUGAAGACUGGGCAGAGGAGACCACUGAGGAAGCCCAGCGACGCAGAAUGGAGGAAAUUAGCGAACACGCCAAGAACCUGACCCUCACUGAAGACCUGGAGAAGACCCUGGAGGAGAGGGUCAACUUGUUCUACAACUUUGUCAAGCAAAAAAAGGAAAAUGGAGCGAUCGACGCUGCCGACAAGGACAUCCUGGCGGAGGCCGAGCGGCUGGACGUGAAGGCCAUGGGGCCCCUGAUCCUGAGCGAGCUGCUGUUCGACGAGAACAUCCGGGACCAGAUCAAGAAGUACAAACGGCACUUUCUGCGCUUUUGCCACAAUAACAAGAAGGCCCAGAAGUACCUGCUGGGUGGCUUUGAGUGCCUGGUGAAGCUGCACCAGGCCCAGCUGCUUCCCCGCGUCCCCAUUGUGCUGAAGGACCUGUACGACGCCGACCUGCUGGAGGAAGACGUCAUCCUGGCCUGGGCCGAGAAGGUGUCAAAGAAAUAUGUUUCCAAGGAGCUCGCCAAAGAGAUUCACGCCAAGGCCGACCCCUUCGUCAAGUGGCUGAAAGAGGCCGAAGAGGAGAGCGAAGGCAGCGAGGAGGAGGAGGAAGAGGAGGAUGAAAACGUAGAGGUGGUUUACUCUUCCUCUGCGCGCGAACUGAAAGUGGAGACUGUGAAAGCAGAAAAGUCUGACAACAAGGAAGAGGAAGAUAUUGAUAUUGAUGCCAUUUAAAAGCUGCCAUUUCUGCGCUUGGCAAAGCUCGAACCUGCGUUAAAGUAGAUCACAGUGCUUCGGUCCAGCUAGCCUUUCUCUCUCCCUGCUGCUGUGGCUUGGUUAACAUAGCGUUUGCUAACUGCAUUAUAAUGUAAUGCUUGCUCUGAUGGAAUGCUAAGAUGUGAGUUACAGUUUUUGUGUUUUUUUCCCCCCAAAAUUAUUAAGGGUUAUAGAUGUCAAUAUAAUUUAAAGUAUUGGGUUAUGAAUUUUACUGCACAUCAUUUUUGUCUUGGUUUUUCUCUUGUAUUUCUUUCAAUUCAUUAAAGAAUGUUUUGCUAUUCAGAA